GAAUAUCGCUGAAGACGCAAGAGCUAUACGUGAUGGUUUUCGUGACCAGAUAUUUAGACCUCUUCUACGCUUUCGUAUCGGUCUACAAUUCCGUUAUGAAAGUGAUCUUUCUGGCGAGCUCGUUCGCGAUCGUCUACUACAUGCGCUACGACAAGAUCGUGAAGCACAAGUACGACAAGGAGCAUGACACAUUCAGACACGUCUUCCUCGUUAUUCCAUGCCUUGUGUUGGCGUUGCUGGUCAAUAGGAAAUUCACCGUUACUGAGGUUUUGUGGACGUUCUCCAUUUACCUCGAGGCUGUGGCGAUAAUGCCUCAGCUCGUGCUUCUUCAGCGGACCAAGAACAUUGACAACCUGACAGGGAACUACGUCUUCUUUCUGGGCGCAUAUCGAGGUUUCUACAUACUAAACUGGAUUUAUCGAUACAUUACUGAGCCACACUACAAGCAAUGGAUCGUUUGGAUAUCUGGAUUGGUCCAGACAGCACUAUAUGCGGACUUCUUUUACUACUACAUCAUCAGUUGGAAGAACAACAAACGGUUGAGUUUGCCUGCGUAA